AUGGCAACACACGCCCAGAAGGUCGUCACGGGCUUAAGGUCCAAUUGGACCUUCAAAGAGACAGAUUCGUCCGAAGAAUGGCUCGAGACUGCGCAAUUCCCAACCAAUAUCCAUCUUGAUUUGAUUAAGCAUAACAAGAUUCCGGAUCCUUUCUUCGAGCGAAAUGAGCUUAAGGUUGGCUGGGUAGCUGAAAAGUUCUGGACCUACAGAACUGUUUUCAAAUCUCCAGAUGCAUCCGCCGCAUCCUACCUCGCCUUCGAUGGCUUGGAUACCUACGCCACUGUCUUCCUCAAUGGCAAGGAAAUCCUCAAGAGUGACAACAUGUUUAUCUCCCAUCGGAUUGAUGUUUCAACACUGCUUUCCAAAGAUGGUGGUGAGAACGAACUGUUAAUCAACUUUGAGCCCGCUCUUGAACGCGCAAAAGCUAUUAGAGAUGCUCAUCCCGAGCACUUCUGGAAGUGCUGGAACGGCGACACUGCUCGAUUGGCCGUCAGAAAAGCACAAUAUCACUUUGGGUGGGACUGGGGUGGCGUCUACAUUACCUGUGGUCCAUGGAGGGAUAUUCGACUGGAAUCAUACUCGGCCCGCCUUUCCGACCUUGUAGCUGCAGUCAGCCUUACCGACGACAACAAGCAAGCUACGGUAAAGGUGACAGCGCAUGUCGACAGUCCCGCGGAUGCAAAAAUUGCUGCAUCAGCCAAGGUUGUUGUUUCUAUAACGGGAGCACGCGGCAUUUCCGAUUCAACCGUGUCCUUGGAAUCAACUGCAGAAAUUGAGGCUGACGGUACUUCCGUUGCCACAUUUAAAAUCGACGACCCCGCACUUUGGUGGCCUCAUGGAUAUGGAAAGGCAAAUCUCUACACUAUAACUGCACAGCUCUUAGGACCUAAUAAUACAGUUAUCGACACUGUUACCAAGAAAACUGGACUUCGAAAGGCUGAGGUCAUCCAAGAAACGGAUAAACAUGGCAAGAGCUUCUACUUCAGAAUCAACGGAAUCGAUGUAUACUGUGGAGGCAGUGACUGGAUCCCAGCCGACAAUUUCACGCCUCGAGUUACUAAGGAAAAAUAUAGGGAUUGGCUCGAGUUGAUGGUACAUGGCAACCAAGCCAUGAUCAGAGUAUGGGGAGGAGGUAUUUUCGAAGAAGACAUCUUUUACGACCUCUGUGACGAGCUAGGCCUCUUGGUUUGGCAGGAUUUCCUCUUCGGCUGUGGGAAUUAUCCGGCAUUCCCAGAUAUCCUAAAAUCCGUUGAGAUUGAAAGCAGGCAGAAUGUUAUCCGGCUCCGUCAUCAUCCGUCGAUUGUUAUCUAUGCAGGAAACAACGAAGAUUAUCAAUUACAGGAAACAUUCGGGUUGACAUACGACUAUGAAGACAAGAAUCCAGACAAUUGGCUUAAGACGAACUUCCCAGCCCGUUACAUCUAUGAAAAGAUUUUACCAGAUAUUAUGGCGGAAGAUGGUAAUGGGGUUUUCUACCACCCUGGUAGCCCAUGGGGUGAUGGCAAGAUUACUUCUGACAAGACCGUUGGUGAUAUGCAUCAGUGGAAUGUCUGGCAUGGAACCCAAGAAAAGUAUCAGAUUUUCGAGCAUUUGGGUGGUCGUUUUAACAGCGAGUUCGGCAUGGAAGGCUUCCCUCACAUCCAAACUAUAGAUUCAUUCUUAUCACCCAAUUCCUCUGAACGAUACCAACAAUCUUCAACCGUCGACUUUCAUAACAAAGCAGAUGGACACGAGCGUCGAAUCGCAACUUAUUUAGUCGAGAAUUUUAGAACCGUUGAGGACUUCGAGGGAUUUAUUCAUCUUUCACAAUUGGUUCAAUCGGAGGCUCUCGCUUAUGGGUACCGAGGCUGGCGCCGACAGUGGGGAGAUUCACGACGCUGUGGUGGGGCCCUGGUCUGGCAGCUAAACGACUGCUGGCCAGGCAUAUCCUGGGCCAUCGUGGACUACUACCUACGUAAAAAGCCAGCAUACUACACUAUCGCACGUGCACUACGACCGCUGGGCGUGGGAAUUCAAAGAGAACAUUGGGAUUGGAGUGUCACACACGCAAGACCAUUACCUAAAACGAAAUGGGAAAGUUGGGUAACAAGUUCGAACUUGGAUAGUGUGAGGGGUAAAGUCGAGGUUCGGUUUAUCUCCAUUUCCACCGGAAAGGACUUGGCGGAGCCUCUAGUUCAGGAAGAUCUUGAGAUCGUCCCGAAUGGAACCACGGAUAAAGUUUUUAUUGGAGAGGUGGACAACGUUGAGAAGGAGCCGCACGUGUUGUCAAUUACGCUGUGGGUUGACGGCAAGGUUGUGGCGAGGGAUGUGGACUGGCCACAACCCCUCAAAUAUCACUCAUUCGAGGACCGUGGUUUGAACAUUCGAUUCGACCUACCUGAGAAAGCCGACGGGAAAAAGAGGGAUGCGCAAGGGAAGAUUGUGAUCACAGUUGAAAAGCCAUUGAAGGGGUUGGUCUGGGAGGAGCGGACGGGUGUGAGGGUCAGCGAUAGCGCCAUCGACGUUGUUCCCGGCGAAGAAGUAGUCGUGGACGUAUUUGGCCUCCUUAAGGGUGAAAAGGAGUUGUCUUGGAGAUACUUGGGAAUGUAA